AUGUACCAACUGCUUUUCCAACGCUUAGGUGUUACUUUGACAGCGGGAAACGACAAGAAAACAUCGAUUCCAUCUAACCAAUUGGUAGGUCAUCUGAUAGGUUUGAUUCUUUUGUGCGAUGAUUUGAAUGAAGCAUUCGCAGACUUUCAAGCACUUCUUCAAAACGGAAUAGCCAUUUCAUCCUCUGAUCGCGGUUAUUUGGUCUUCGAUGCUCAUGUUACCGAUUGUGGUUGUCAUUUAAGAGCUCAAAUGAUCCAAGAUGUAUUUUCGUAUUUCAAGAACCAUGAGGUUACAAAGCUUUAUAUUUUCGAUGCUGUAGCUAAGAAAUUGAAUGAAUUGAAGAGACACUGUAUUUCUUUAAUUCAAACUCUGUGCUGGGAAAACACAAGUGCCCAGAAACUUGGGUUUCCGAAAAAUAUCAAAAGUUAUGAGGAACUGUUGAAACUUCUUCAAUGGGAUACAGCAGAUAUCAGCAGUGCUAUCGCAGACUCUUUCCCCAUGAACCCUAACAAUGCAGAUCAAAAUGAAAAAGGCUUGGUUUGGAAUGUAACCAAACUGGAAGUAGUGUUAGAAUUCUUGUAUUGCUCGCACUUUCUCUCCAAGAAUAAAAUAUACAACAAAAAGGAAAAUUUAGACAGUGUCACUAUUGAUUUCAAUAAUGCCUUUGAGAAACGACAAUUAUUGUCUAAUAAAUUUCACUGCCAAGGUACCGGUAAGCUCGGGGUCGGAUGCCGUUAUUUGAAACAUGCCAAACAAAGUAAGAACAGUUUUAUCUCUGUAGUUUCAAAUCUGCAAUCUCGAUUGGCCUUAUUGUCGAUAGCAUUUCUAAAGUCUAGAUGUACUCUUCCUUGUGAUAUAGAAGCACUGCAAAAAAACUCACCAAGGAAUGUUUCAGCCAUACCAAACUUUUUACACUUCCUGAUUUUGGAAAGAGAGUGGAGUCAAAACGAAACCCCGAUUUUGCUGGCAGUGAGAAAACUCCAUGAACACGAGCACUGUGAUCUUUACUUCGAAGCUCGAAUCAAUCCGCACACAUUCGAGUGGACAUUACAGCAUAAGGAAUGCUGCGAAUUCGAACAUCAUACUCCGUACAUUGUAAUAACUGCUCUGGCCACGGGUUCAAGCACUACAAAGACUGCUCAGCUACUAGCAUGGGAAUUGAUGAAAGCACAAAAGAAUUUCAGACAAUUUUGGCUUACUUUCAUGUCUCAACAUAGACAAUAUCCUUUCGAAAUCGAACACGAUGAAGACCAACUAUUAGAAACUCAAGUAUCCCAGGAUAUUUUUGAACUAUAUUGUCAAUCAAAGCGUGAAGACAGAAAUCAAAUACUAUUCGAUGACAGUACUUCCCUUCUUCCAAAGCACAUAUUCACCGAGUAUCCUUCAAUAUUUUUCAACUUCCAGAAAAAUGUCUGCAGUAAACAUGGUGCUCUCGUAAUCUGA